UUCAGUUUGGAAGUUUAAGUCUUGUGAUUUAGCGAUAAAAUUGUUAUUAAAAAUACAAGAAUUAUAUAUUUAUCAUAAUAAUUUACAGAUACUGAAGGGUUCUCUACGUAAUAUUUACGAGGAAGAGCGGUACACGUGUACCUGUAUUUAUAAGCGCUUUACGCGAUUUUGCAUUGGUUGGGGCGUUAUAUCGAGAUUUGAAUGAAUAGAAUACUGUAUGUUGAUUUUUAAAGGGAUUUAGAAGGAGGAAUUCUUAAUUAUACAAGAGGCUAAAGAAUUUCAUGAAUAAGUCGUAUACAGUUUAUAAAAAGGUUUAUACUUUUUACAGUUUAAAAUGCUACAUAAAUUUGCAAAUUUAUAGCAGGUAGGCUGCUAUAGACAGGGUGGCUUAUAGCUCAGUUAAGUAAGCGUUACUCAUAUCAAUACAAUUUUUAAAAAUGCAGUAACUUAACAUUAAAACAAUAAGAAAUCUAUAAGGUUAUAAACCGUUUAAGGUGCACGAAGAAUUUUAUUAUACUUCGAAGCAGGUAAUUAACUUUUGGGCCACCCUGUAUUUUGUAUACAUAAGUUCUAAGUGUCCAUAUUAAACAUUUUUUUCGAUUAUAAUUAGCGAAUAGAAUGAAUUAUUUCCAAUAAAAUGAAAUUAUAUGAACUUAUGAAUCAAAAAGUCAAGUGAGGAAUUUCUUUUAAACACGAAGUAUAUAUAUUUAUCUAUAUUAUCCGAGCGUAAGCUUCUUAUGAAGGAGAACAGAUUAAAUUACACUUUAAAAUCACAUACAUAGGGGAAGGUAGUGCAAGAUGGGGUCAUGGUGUAAGACGGGAACGUCUGUUUAUUUGUGGUUAAUGUGAUUUCAUCUAGCUGUUAUUUGGGAACUGAACGUCAACCUCGAAAGGUAUCAUGGGACAAGAGAACAUCCAAAUCGCUCUCUUUGUUUGGAAGCAAGACAGUUUUCCACGUUUCGGCAAUACUUCAUCUAAUUUUAUGCCCGCUACAAAGUUUCUACAAAGAGUGUGAAAUUCGAUUGAAAAUGGAUAAAGAUAAGCCAUCGAUUGGUAAAGAAGAGAAAGUAAUCGAUGAUGAUUUUCCUGCCACUCGGGAAUCUUUAUUAAAGACUUUUCCACAGAUCAUAAAACGAUUUUUCGGUAUUUACGAUGAAGUGGAUUUGUUACUUUGGAAAGAAUUAUUCCUUAAAAGAAUCGAGGUCGGUCUCGUCGGGCUUAAUAUUCGCUAUGCUUUCACUUGUUCCAGAUAUAUCUUUCCACCUCACGAUAUAAUCGAAAGCAGGAUGAGAAUGCCAUCCGAAGCAGAAAGGAGGAGAGGGCCGCAAUUUCCAGGUAUAAAUAAACUGAGGAGCUUUUUUGGAAAAAAGGAAGAAAGUGAAAGCAGUGAUGCGUUGUACGGUUUCGCUUAUGGUAGCCAGGCUUAUAAAUUCUAUCGUAAGCUCAUAGCUGCAGAAAUGGAAGUAAAGCAUUCAGAACAUGGAGAUUCCAGAUUUUCAAUUCCUAAACCAUCAAUAAUAAAAUUUAGUUUAGGUGGAAAAGAUAUGCCAGAAAAUAUCUCUCCUGAUGUCCAAGAACAACUUGAUGUUGCUGCUGCUCAACGUAGGAAACCACUAGCUGUUACUUUUCCUUAUUUUAUUACCAGCAUGACUAUGUUACAGUUCCUUAUAAUGAUUAUAAUUUCGUCAUCUGGUGGUAUAGCGCCUGUUGGACUUCAUCCAGUUGUUGAGUUUUUGCUUGAUGUGGAUACUUUUAGCGGUCAUCAACCCAUAGAUUAUUGGCACACUCCUAAUAUGUGGAUUGGACCUUCAAAAAGAAGUUUAAUAAAACACGGCGCUGUGUAUACACCUUGCAUGAGAAAGGAUGCUACUAUCAUCCACGAUCUAUUGAAACAAGGAUUUUCUGUAUCUGAUCCUCUUGGAUGUUGCUACAACGAUUUAAGGAAAAUAGCAGCGACAACAACCGAGAACGAGUGUAAAUAUUUAAGUGACGACGGUGCAACAUGGGAUGUAACAAGAUGUACUUCUGUUAUAUACUCCCGUAUGAAGCACGUGCUAAAACCAUGCUGCUACGGUUUACUAGGUAAAUGCUUUCUUACUAAUGAAAUCGAAUGCCAAUUCUUGCAUGGAAGAUGGCAUCCACAUAAAGAUCACUGCAUGGAGGUGAACUGUUUUGCAUCAUUUUGUGGUUCUUUCGGAAUUACUUAUCCUGAAAAGGGAAUCUCUUUCAUACCAACCGGCAUUAGACAAAGUUGGAGAUUUAUACUACCGGUUUUCUAUCACGCGGGAUUUAUACAUUAUUUUCUGGUUUCAAUUUUGCAAUGGAUUAUCGGAAGGCCACUGGAAGAAAUGAUUGGUUGCGUUAGAAUUGGUUUAAUUUAUAUCCUGUCAUCGUUCGGUGGUAAUCUAGCAGCUGGAUUUUUUGAUCCACGAACACCACACGUCGGUGCCUGUGGUGCAAUAUCGGGCAUACUUGCCUUACAUUUAUUAGAGAUUAUUGAAGGUUUCCGUAUCAUCAAAUCGAUCUCAAGAGAGAUUAUAAGUAUAGUUUUGAUCCUGGUCUUACUCUUGAUUGCUGGAACAUUUCCUUUAGUAGACAAUUUUGCUCACGUGGGUGGAUUCUUGUAUGGUCUCCUGCUUGGUAUCCUGACCAUGCCUCACAUCUGUUUCGGAAGAAACACAUUAGUAAGAAGGAAACAGUUGGUUAUCGCAUCGAGUGUCGUGUUGAUAUUGAUUACUUUAUGUAUAUUUAUUGCAUUUUAUGUCAUACACGAUACCAAUUUCUGUACAUCUUGCCACAAAUUCAGUUGCAUCGCUUACACCAGUACCAUGUGUAACCAUACCUUUGAUUUGGACAGUACUACUUACACUCCUUAAAAAUUUAUUCGUAAUUUAUACCGUUACAUAAUCAUUUUAAAAGUUAUUUAUGUAGAAAUUUCAUUAUACAUUAAUAAAAUUCAUUCGUUAAGCAUUAACUCUUAAUUCUC